AUGCCUCAAACCCGCUCUCAGUCACAGGCUACAAUCAGCUUUCCAAAAAAGAAACCGUCUCAUACAGUGGACAAAGCUAAAAGCUCCAGUGACACCAAACUAGAAUUGACAAAUGCCCAGGCUAUCCUGCUUUCUCCCUGUGCAAAAAUUCUGCCUCUUAGCCCCAGAAAACGUCUGGGUGACGACAACCUGUGCAACACUCCCCGUUUAUCUCCCUGUUCUCCACCAAAGCAAGGCAAGAAAGAGAAUGGUCCCCCUCGCUCACAGACAUCAAAGGGACGCAGAUUGGUAUUUGACAAUCAGCUCUCAACUAAGUCUCCUAGCAAAAGAGAACACACCAGAGUUCACCAAAACAAAACACAUUCCUCAGUUCCGAAAGGUCAGGACAUCACAACCAAUUCUGAGCAGAGAUGUCCGCUGGAGAAAGAACCUGCAUGUCUGAGACUGUUCAAGCAAGAAGGCACUUGCUACCAGCAAGCGAAACAGGUCCUGACUACAGCUGUCCCGGAUCAGCUGCCUGCCAGGGAAAAGGAGAUGGCUGUCAUCAGGAAUUUCCUAAGAGAGCACAUCUGUGGGAAAAAAGCUGGAAGUCUUUAUCUUUCUGGUGCUCCUGGAACUGGAAAAACUGCCUGCUUAAGCCGAAUUCUGCAAGACCUCAAGAAGGAACUAAAAGGCUUUAAAACUAUCGUGCUGAAUUGCAUGUCCUUGAGGAGUGCCCAGGCUGUAUUCCCAGCUAUUGCUCAGGAGAUUUGUCAGGAAGAAGUAUCCAGGCCAGCUGGGAAGGACAUGAUGAGGAAACUGGAAAACCAUAUGACUGCAGAGAAGGGCCCCAUGAUUGUGUUGGUGUUGGACGAGAUGGAUCAGCUGGACAGCAGAGGGCAGGAUGUCUUGUACACGCUCUUUGAAUGGCCGUGGCUAAGCAGUUCUCGGUUGGUGCUGAUAGGUAUUGCUAAUACUCUGGAUCUCACAGACAGAAUUCUGCCGAGGCUUCAAGCUAGAGAAAAAUGUAAGCCACAGCUGUUGAACUUCCCACCUUAUACCAAAAAUCAGAUAGCCACCAUCUUGCAGGAUCGACUGAAUCAGGCGUCUAAUGACCAGGUCCUAGACAAUGCUGCCAUUCAGUUCUGCGCCCGCAAAGUCUCUGCUGUUUCGGGAGAUGUUCGCAAAGCGCUUGAUAUUUGCAGGAGGGCUAUUGAAAUUGUAGAGUCAGAUAUCAAAAGUCAGACUAUCCUCAAACCACUCUCUGAAUGUAAAUCACCCUCUGAGUCACUGGUUCCCAGGCGGGUUGGUGUUAUUCACAUAUCACAAGUCAUCUCUGAAGUUGAUGGAAACAGAAUGCCUUUGAGCCAGGAAGGAGCACGAGAUUCCUUCCCCCUCCAGCAGAAGAUCUUGGUCUGCUCUUUGCUGCUCUUGACCAGGCGGUUGAAAAUCAAAGAGGUCACCCUGGGGAAGUUACACGAAGCCUAUAGUAACGUCUGUCGCAAACAGCAGGUGGCAGCUGUGGACCAGUCAGAGUGUUUGUCACUUUCAGGUCUCUUGGAGGCCAGAGGCAUUUUCGGAUUAAAGAAAAACAAGGAAACCCGCUUCACAAAGGUGUCUCUGAAGAUUGAAGAGCAGGAAAUAGAGCAUGCGCUGAAAGACAAAGCUUUAGUUGGAAAUAUCUUAGCUACUGGAUUGCCUUAA